CCAAAAACCUCAUAAAACAGUAGCGGUCUCACUGAAGAGAAGUGAAUCGCGGGAAGUUCUUAAUCACCAAAAUGUUUUGAAUUUCCUAAAACAAAUUGAGAAUAAUGACAUUGAGCUCUUCAAUUCCUGCUAGGUAUGCAUUGCUUGCUCUUCUCUCUGCUUCAACCAUUUACUGUAUUUGGAAAUCAAGACGUCUUUUACAGCUUAAACUUUCACUCCAAAACCCUAACCCUAAUCUAGCAAAUACAAAAGGUAAAAUCUUUUUCAUAUCCCAAACAGGAACUUCUAAAGCUUUAGCUAAUCGCUUAUUAGAUCUUCUUAAAUUGAAUGGUUUAGAUUUUGAUGUAAUAAAUCCUAAAGAUUAUGAACCAGAAGAUCUUCCUAAAGAAACCCUAGUUUUGAUUAUUGCUUCAACUUGGGAGAACGGUAAACCACCAUCAGAUGGUGGGUUUUUGGCUAACUGGGUUGCUGAAAGUGCUGAAGAUUUUAGGGUAGGAUCAUUGAUUCUUUCUGGGUGUAAAUUUGCUGUGUUUGGUGUUGGAAGUAGAUCCUAUGGUGAGAAUUUUAAUGCUGUUGGGAGAGAUUUUUCUCAGAGGUUUAGAGCACUUGGAGCUUCAGAGAUUUUGCCUUUGUGUGAAGGUGAUGUUGAUGAGGGGGAUUUAGAUGAUGUAUUUGAUGUUUGGAAUCAGAAACUUAUUGGGGUCUUGAAAGGGGAGAAUUUGAAUGAAAAUGGUGAAGUUAAUGGUGAUGAAUGUGCUAGUGAGAGUGAGUAUGAGGAUUAUUCUGAUGAAGAAGAAGAGGAGGAGGAAACUGAUAUUGUUGAUCUUGAGGAUAUUGCUGGUAAAGGUCCUUCGAGGAAUUCUAAAGCAGCAGCUACAGUGAAAGUAGCGGCCAAUGGAGAGAAGGAAAUGGUGACUCCAGUUAUUAGAGCGAGCUUGCAAAAACAGGGAUAUAAAAUUAUUGGUUCCCACAGCGGUGUUAAAAUUUGUAGAUGGACCAAGUCACAACUUCGAGGCCGUGGAGGUUGCUAUAAGCACGCAUUUUAUGGCAUAGAGUCUCACAGGUGCAUGGAAGCGACACCUAGUUUAGCUUGUGCCAAUAAAUGUGUUUUCUGUUGGAGGCAUCACACGAAUCCUGUGGGGAAAAGCUGGCGGUGGAAGAUGGACGACCCUUUAGAGAUUGUAAAUGGUGCCUUAGAGCAGCACACAAAAAUGAUAAAGCAAAUGAAAGGAGUACCUGGAGUUAAAUCAGAGUGUCUAGCAGAAGGUCUCGUUCCUAGGCAUUGUGCCUUGUCACUUGUUGGUGAACCCAUCAUGUAUCCAGAGAUUAACACACUUGUGGAUGAGCUUCACCGAAGACGGAUUUCAACUUUCCUGGUAACCAAUGCCCAGUUCCCUGAAAAGAUCAGAUCCCUGAAACCUAUAACUCAGCUGUAUGUGAGUGUAGAUGCUGCAUCUAAGGAAAGCAUGAAGGCAGUUGAUAGGCCACUGUUUGGGGACUUUUGGGAGCGUUUCUUGGAUUCGUUGAAAGCUCUCAUAGAGAAAGAACAACGAACGGUUUACCGUCUUACAUUGGUUAAAGGAUGGAAUGCAGAAGAAAUAGAUGCUUACUACGACUUGUUUGCUAUUGGGAAGCCUGAUUUUGUUGAAAUCAAGGGUGUUACAUAUUGUGGCUCGUCUGCCACAUCGAAGCUUACAAUGGAGAAUGUUCCUUGGCAUGCUGAUGUGAAAGCCUUUUCAGAGGCCUUAGCACUGAAAAGUGGUGGGCUGUAUGAAGUCGCAUGUGAGCAUGUUCAUUCCUGCUGUGUGCUUUUGGCAAGAACUGACAAGUUUAAGGUCGACGGUCAAUGGUUCACAUGGAUAGAUUAUGAAAAGUUCCACGACUUGGUUGCUUCGGGUAAGCCAUUUACCAGCAAAGAUUACAUGGCUGCAACACCAACUUGGGCAGUAUAUGGUGCAGAAGAAGGCGGGUUUGAUCCAGACCAGGCCAGGUUUAAAAAGGAACGCCGCCACAGAACUAAGUAGCGAAAUUCGGUGAGACGUAUGGGUCCAAAAUUUUGCUUAUUAUCUCUUAGUGAUCUUUUACUGGGAUCCACUGCUUCAAUUUUUUGCCUUUUUUUGGCUUUGUUUUGUUUGUAUCAGAAUGCAAUUUUGCUCCGUAUAAGUGCGCUUAAUAAUGCAUCUGUGACUUAUGGGUCCAAAUCUAAACCGGCGGUUUUUGAUUAAGUGAGUUUAAAAUUUGAGGACAUGAAUGAAUUUAGUUUACUGCAGUUAAUAGUUUAGUUAGGUAAGUGACAAUUACAGAUGCCUAGUAAAGCUUUGUAUUUUGUCGUACGUACCCCACAGAAAGGAAAUAGAGUUAAUGUCUCCUAUAUAUGGUUCUUUUCUUCUAUAAUGAAAACUGAUUUGUAAA